AGGAAAAGAAGGUGGUGUACAACGGAGCGCCAGAAGUAGCUGAAAUCAGAUUCAUGAACAAGAACAAAAAAGGCCAGGUAGCAAUUUUUGAACAAGACGAGAUGUCGGAAGCACCCAAUAUUACGGAACCAGAG